CUGGACGAGGAUAUUGAGAACCUGAUCAGCUUCAUCAAGAGCGGUGAUCUGCUCAUGAUGUUUCACUCUGCAGAGUCCGGUUCCAAACACGUCGAAGCUAUCAACCUUGCCGCUGCUGGAGACGUGGACUCCGGCGCUGCGCGUACCUCGUCCGACGAAGCUACUGCACUGCUUGAGACUUUAUUUGCCUGUAUAGCAAAACUUGAUCAGCACUCGCGAGCGUCUGUCCUCCUGAAGCUCAGAUUACGUAUCAAUGAGCUCGACGCCGAGACUGGGCUAGACCAGUCAGCAACGAACGCACUGGAAUCUUCAUCUAGAGACACCACGCAGUCUUUGGUAUCAGAAAUUGAAACUGCAGUGCAACACACAGAGACAACCCCAGCGGCACCGCGAAGGUAAAGGGCACCAACUAUAUCCGUUAAAACCGACAGUCCCGUGCCAGUCCGAUGGGGCAACCCGGUGUCUCCCCCCUUUCGGAGGCAUAGAUAUGCGUGCAAGACUAAAUGCAUGACGGGUGAAGACAAUAUCGACUGGCCAAUCAUCAUUCUUUGGCAACGUCCAACCAUAAGUAACUCGGCACCGAUAGAGAGCGAGAGGAGGAGCAUGCGACAAUACACUGGCAUUGCAUUGCAAGGUGUUAUGUGAGGUUGCCGCAGGCAUGGUCCGCUGGUUUGCCCCACGAGAGAACGACUGAGAAUGUCCGCCGAGGUCUCGAGUAUAACGUCAGCCAGCUUCUCGGUCCAUUGAGUGUGCAGCAUCGAGUGUAACACUGCGGCUGGAUCAGUUCUUUCUCGUGGGAGGGCAGGAUUCAAGACAUUAAGAUGCGAAUACGUGGGGAACCAUCUGGACAUAAUUAGGGAUAUUCCAACGGGCUAGCAGCGCAGGGCAUCUGCGCAGCUGGUCGACGAUGACCACGCGGGCUGCCAACAACGAUGGUUCUUUCAGUCAACGCAUAUUACACACAACAACAAGCACCCAUGUGAGGCGAACGUAGUGUUGUCGCCUGGCAGAACAUCAUGGAUGGUAAACUGAGCGAGCAAUCGGAUAGCUGGAAGGUGAAAAAUUCCGAACAAGGGCUUGAGGUUCAAGUAGCGUCAUCAAUAGCCCACGUUUUGAUGGUUGGCGGAACAGUCCGAUUGGACACGGUACGGCGUGAUCGAGGUUCCGCAGGAGGAACUCUGAAGAGGGGCAACACCAUGAUUACCCUGGUGCUCCAGGCCAUGCCGUCCGAUAGCUUUCUAGUCAAAUGCACCCCGGCCGGGGCGGAUCGUUCUCCCCAGGCCUGGCCCAAGAGCAUCGGAUUUAGUGCCGGGUGAAUUUGGAGAAGGAGGAGGUGAGGGGGAGGAGGUAGUAGGGGGUGGGAAAGCCGCUUAGCCAUAGCGUUUGCCUGCCGGUAGACCCUCCUUACCCAUGUCGGCCUGAAGCGUCCGCACCGCCGGUAGGUUCAUCUAUAUAUACCCAUCGGUCGAAACGUGCGGUGC